AUGUCAGUUGUACCCAUCCCACGACCUUUGUCAAAGUCUCCUCAUUCGCAACGACGUCAUUACGACACCCAUCAACUAUGCAAUCUGCAAAAUAGACUUUUAAAAUACGAUUUACAGUCUCGUACUUUGGAUUCCAUUUACACAAAGGAUUUUACGGCAUUUGAAAGCGUUAGUAAUGCAAAUGAUCGUCGCAGUAGAAAAAAAAUUGACAAUUAUGCUGCACCUCUGGCAGAUCUAAAGAAAUUUGAUCAACACAUGGCAAAAUUCCCUGGAUCAGGCAUUCCUAGCCAAAAACAUGUUGAUAAACUGAUGUACAUGUCUUCAUACCAAGCUGCGUACACCAUCAACAGGAAAAAAUUAGAAGUAGAUCAAUUUCGAUAUACCGAUGAUACCGAUCUCCGAUCUGAGCGACGUCGAAUGCUAGAAUACCCAACAACAGAAUCUCUGUAUCACGAUUCUUACACUACCCAUCAAAUGAACCAAUCCAAUGAACUCGGAAAUCCUGGGAAAAAACAUGUCAUGACCAAAUUGCUUUACCAAAGUCCCACUCCAAUGCUUACAGUAACAGACUUACUCAACAGAAAUGCCAAACCUGUAAAAACUACGUCUUAUAAAUUUGAUUAUAGAAAUCUUGAUGAAUUCAAACGUAUACCACAACCUGAUAUGCCACCCAAACAGUACCCAGCUGUUCCUCGUGCCGUCAAAUACAGACGUUGGGCGUCACAGUAA